AUGUCUAUGAUGCAGCGGGUCAUGGAGCCUGUCGCACAGGCCAUGCAGGGAAAGACUAACCUUGAGGAGGAGAAACUCGCCGUGCAGGGAGGUAAAAUGGCCACAAAGAAUGCAAAGUACACUGCAAUUGCAGAGCGCACACACUUUGAAAAUCGGAAGAGGGAGAAGGAGACCGUUGUCUUGCAACACAAAUGGUUCAAGGAGAAGGUGACGUUGAUUACCAAAGGCCAAAUUAAAAGAGAACGUGAACAAAGACAACAUGAAAAGGACAUGUUGAGGAUGAAGUUCGAACUUAUCCAGGCUGUCAAGUGUUAG